AUGCCAAUUGGUACUUUAUACGCUAACUUCAGAAAUAGAACUAUUUUAGCAAGAGCACUUGUUAAUCAUUUUAAAAUAGAUGUUGAUAUCAAAAUACCUGAAGAAAAUAAGGAUAUUUUUAUAAAGCAAUUCCCUUUGAAAAAAGUUCCAGCUUAUUAUGAUUCGGAUGGAUUUGAAUUAACAGAAGCAAUGGCCAUAAAUUAUUUUUUAUUGAGGCAUAUACCUGACAAAAAACUUCAGGAUCAAUUAUUAGGUACUGAUCAUGAUUUGAAAAAUAAAUGUCAAAUCAUUAGGUGGGUUUCUUUAGCGAAUAGUGAUUUGUGUUUAUCGUUGUUUCAGGCUUUUGCUCAAUUAAGAGGUGAUAUUCCGUAUUCAAAAGAGAGUUUUGCUUUAGCUAUGCAAAACCUUGAAAAAAUUAUAAAUCUGUAUGAAGAGAGAUUAAAGAAUCAUAAAUAUUUGGUUAAUGAUAAACAAACUUUAGCAGAUUUAAAUUCUGCAACUAUUAUGAGUAAAGGGUUUGACUAUAUAUUUGGUUCCGAAUGGAGAAAGCAGCAUCCAAAUACUUAUAGAUGGUUUGCUGAAACUAUCUCAAGCCCUAUUUUGAAGGAUGAGUUUUUCAAUUAUGAAUAUUUAGAAAAACCAUGGGAUGCACCUACUGGCGAAUGGAAACCGAUAAAUUGGGGUCUAGAUUAA